AUGAAACUAUCAGUUGCUGUACUAUCAUCAAUCCUGCUUGUUUGUUCAGUUACUAUCGCCAAUCCAGUUGUUCCCAGUACGACUGCAAGUACAGACCAUGUCUCUUUGACAGCUGCUCCCAGUUCAACUACAAGUACCGAGUCUAACCCUUCUGCAACUCCUAUUACAGACGGUGUAAACUUGGAUGGUCUUGUUUCACUUUCAGUUGACAUGAAGAGCUUGCUCAAAAAAAUCGUAAAAAAACAGCAUGUUUAUACUCAACAAAAAAUUAUAUGCGAAGCAACAGAGAUUAAAUCUUAUAAGCAGCAGAAAGAAGUCAAACUUCAGGAAAUAAAAGUUGAAAAGUCCAAAAAUGCACUUUUGAAAAACAAUGGCGAUCUAAGAUACAAUGUUAAACUUCAGGAGGUUGAGCGUAAUCUUCGAAACGGAAAUUCCAAACUUGCCAAGCUUGAAAAAUCAGAAAAGGAGUGCAAUAUUCACUGUAAUCGCUUUCUUUAUGAACUGAAUCUCCUACGAGAGGAACUCCUAAAGUAUCUUUUCGGAGACCUUUGGAAUUCCCGACCACUUGAUGAGCUACUUUCGCGUAUCGACUCACAUCCUGUCGUUAGGGAAUAUCUUCAAGGACUAUGUGUCGGUAAAUCAUCAAAAUGCAAAAAUAGCUUUGGUCAAGAUUCUGGUGCUAAACAAACCCCACAACAAGAGCAACAACAAAUCACACAAGAAUUACCAGUAAUGCCGCCUGAAUCUCGUUCCUUUGGGCAAAGAGCUUCCUCUGGUAUACGUGAGGGUUUCUCCAGACUUGGUGGUAGGCUUAGAUCGCUUGUCAAUCGAAUCAGGCGUAUCAAUUAA